ACUAAGGAGUAUAGGGGAGGUGCCCUGGUAGCAUUUAAUCAAGUUUGUGUGACCUAAUCCGAAGUAAAAAAACAGCGGUAAGAAGUUAGGAAGUGCACUCUAGUACGAAAUUUUGUGGCUGAUAGAGACUACUGCAGUCAUGGUUAAAGAUCCUAAUAAGCCGAGGGGGAAGACUUCCUCGUAUGCAUUCUUCGUACAGUCGUCCAGAGAGGAGCACAAGAGGCAACAGCCGGAUGUUUCUGUGAAUUUUUCGGAGUUUUCUAAGAAAUGUUCUGCACGGUGGAAGGCCAUGUCAGCAAAAGAGAAAUCAAAAUUUGAGGAUAUGGCCAAGGGUGACAAAGUACGCUACGAUCGCGAGAUGAAAACCUACGUGCCCCCGAAAGGUACUACGAAGGCAGGGAAGAGGAAGAAGGAUCCCAAUGCCCCCAAGCGGCCGCCAUCUGCAUUUUUUGUGUUUUGCUCUGAGCAUCGUCCAAGAAUAAAGGGUGAGAAUCCAGGCAUUUCCAUUGGUGACAUCGCCAAGAAACUGGGUGAGAUGUGGUCAAAACAGACGCCCAAAGACAAGGCCCCAUUUGAACAGAAGGCUGCGAAACUGAAGGAGAAGUACGAGAAGGACGUUGCAGCCUACCGCGCUAAGAGCAAGGACGCUGGCAAGAAGGGGGGCCCCGGUCGGCCAGCCGCAAAGAAGGUGGUACCAAUGGAUGAAGACGAUGAUGAUGAGGAUGAUGACGACGAGGAGGACGAUGAUGACGACGACGACGAUGACGAGGAUGACGAUUAGGGCUGGGAAAUUGAGCCGGGCGGAGUAUUUACAAAACAAGAAUGAACUUAAAAUGCAACUUUGUUAACAUUCUGAUUUCUCAGAUCAUGUACAGAGAUGUGAUGCGUGAGGGUUCCUGUGCUGUUUUGUAAAUGUAGUAACCGAUCCUCAAAGCACUGCUCUUUGUUUCGGAUGGGGAGGGUGUGGGUGAAUUUUUUUUUUUUUUUUCUCGUUUCCACUGCUGUUGAGCAUU